AUGCCAAAAAAAUACCUCUUUGGGUGGGAUACAGCAUUCGCAAGAUGGUUCGGUGGUGCAAAAUCAGAAAUUAACGAUGUUCAUCUUGAUCACAUUUUGACAGGAAGUACAUGCUCUCCUAUAUCUUUACAAGAUUUUCGAGCAUUUCUCCAAUUGAAAGAACACACGGCCGAAAAUCUCGACUUUUAUUAUUGGUACAUUGGUUACUGUGAACGAUUCAAGCAACUUUCGGAUGAAGACAAGGCAAUGUCACCGCCACCUACAGAAAAGCCUCAUCCAAAGAAUACAAAACAAUUGCCUGCCAUGGAAGAAAAGCAAACCAAGUGUAGCAUGUUUGGUGAGCUAGAUGGAAAUAACCCAGAGAACCUGUCGUCCUUUGUCACUGCUCCCGGAGCAGAAAAGCAACCGUUCAGAGAUGAAGUCAAUACUGUCCUGCGAACAUUCUUUCACCCAGACUCCUUUAAAGAGCUGAACGUUAUUGGUUAUCAGAACAGAUACACAGUCUACUGGGGUACCCGAACCACAAAUCCAGAAGUUUUUGAGGAAGCUCAUCAGCAUAUUCGACAAUUAAUGGAGAAGUCAAGCCUAAAGAACUUUGUUCAUCAUGCAGUACAGAAUAUUCGCUACAGCUGGAUUAUGCUCCAUUAUAUUGGUACCUUUGUCAACUUUAUGCAUGUUGUUUCAGUAUUCUACUAUACAUACACCCACCAUAUGUGUCGGUGGUAUCGAAUACCCAUCUUCCCAUUCACAUUUCUCUUUCUCAUGUCUCUGCUGUCCGGUCGGUCUGGGUUCUGCACAAUUCGGGGAUCAAUGAAAUUUAGACAGACACCUUUGUAUGAGCUAGACCUUCGACGGUCAGAUGGCAUGAAGAAAGCUGACAUUGAGAGUAUUUCUGACCUGACAUCUAUUAUUGACUCUAAUGUGAUCCGAAAACAACGGACAAUGAUUUUUCACAUCUGGACAUCUUCACUCCUAUUAGCAAUAUGUACUACUAUCCCUGCUCUGGUUAUAACAAAUGAAAAUGAUCCACUGCCACCACCACUACCACAAGCCUAG